GUCGCUGUUUUACAGUUUAAAUAAGUAAACAUUUUCAACAGGACAUCUUAGUUCAUAAUCAAAUGUAUAAUUAAUGUAUUAAAUACCCAGACAUCAUUAUUAUAAGUGCAGAUCACUUUAGCACAGCAGACGGAGGAUCCUCCGCGAUGAUCAGCACUAUACAGCACUAGUAUAGAGGUUUGGUUUGGUCCCGCGACUCCUCCACAGCAGGCGGAGACUCCAGAGCAGGAAACACAUCAGAUCAUCCACAGCCUCCUGCCUGAAGUGUGUGAAGUUUCAGAUUCUGUGGACUGCAGCUCUCAGCGGACUCUCCUCUCCCACAGCUUCAGGUCCAGGCAUCAUGCAAGGCAUCGUUCCCAGGAGCCGAACUCCCGGCACAGACCUCUGUGGGCUGAACAGCUUCUGUUAUAUAAUCCGCUCAGACCUCGGCUGCUACAUGCGCUGCAAGGAUUUCAGUCUGCGAUCCAAUCUGACUGUGUUGAGUCUGCACCCUGCCUGUACAGACGGAAACCACUACCUGGGUUAUGAGGACAAGUUCUUCUACAUCAUCAAGAAGAGCUCGUACCGCAGGGUGACGGACCUGACCACGGACAGCGGCUCUGUGGUGUACAGCCUGCACCCAAACUGCCAGGGCGGAGACCACUACCUGUCCGCCUCCGGCACCUUCUACAUCAUCUUCCAAGAGAAGGGCACGUACCGGAGAACCACAGACCUGCACACGGACGCGGAUGCUGAAGAGCGCGAGCUGCACCCCGGCUGCAGGAGCGGAGUGUAUUUCUGGGGUCUGCCGGAGCUCUGCUGCCUCCUCACCGCAGACUCUCAGUGGGGCGUCCAGUUCCGCACAACCCCUGAUCUCAGCACAGAGGAGCACCAGGAGUUCUCCGUCCACCCCGACGCCCUGAACUUCAUACCCGGCGGCCUGACCGUCACUAAAGGCCCAGCGUUCUGCAUCUGGGAGAACAUCGAAUCUGUCACGAACAACAGCAAAACGGCCGUGAGCUGGCAGAAGAAGCUGAAGAGGAGGAUCGGCUACGACAAGCACAAGUUUUCCCAGAUCACUCUCAACUGGAAGAUGUUCCCCGCGGACGAGUACCAGGACCUGCUGAUGCUCAUCCUGAAGAGGGAGCUCUACUUCUCCAACAGAAAAUCUUACUAUAACAAAACCGAAAACGACAGCUGGAGAGACGUGUCGGAGGCGGAGGAUCAGCUGGCGUUCGAGCUGAAGCCGGGGGAGAGUCUGUACGUGUGGCAGUAUCAGCUGGGCUUCGGGAAGGAGACGGUGUUGUUCUGCCGCGACUUGAAGAUUGAAGCUAAACCCCAUCGUCCUUCAUUUGCACGAGAUUAAGAAGAUGAGCACUUCACUGCACCGAGUCAAGCCUUCUGAAGCGGUGUGCUGGCGUAACGUGAGGGAGAGCGGCGUCUUUGAUGCAUUUAAAUGUAUUGUUCAGGUUAAUACAGUGAUAAUAACACACACACACACACACACACAUACACACACACAAAAACACACACACACAC